AUGGCACCCACUAAAGCGGUUGACGACCGCAAUGGCGACAUCGAAAGCAGGCCUGAAGAAGAGACGCCGUUAUUGUCACACGACUUGCCACCCACAGUCGCCCCAAGCCGUAGAUACCAGCUAAAGGUCAUUGGUCUGGCAAUGACCUUUAUUCUUAUCGUCGAAGUUGGCGCCUAUCUUCAGAUCCCGCCUUCAUAUCAGCUCAUGGAAGAAAUCAUCUGUCGCCAACGCUACCCCGACCACAUCAUCUCGGCCGAGGAUGAUGAUGUAUGCAAAGGGCCGGGUGUACAAGGCCAGCUAGCCAUGAUUAAAGGCUGGCAAAACUCAUUCGACUGCGUCCCGUCAUUGCUCACUGCGAUUCCCUACGGAGUUAUUGCAGACAAGUAUGGCCGCCGACCAGUCCUAUCUUUGGCCAUGCUAGGUAUUACGCUGGAGCUUGCCUGGAUGCUGCUGCCCCUUCUGUGGCCCAAUAUUCUCCCUCUUUGGACCAUGUGGUUCGGAGCAGCUUUCCAAUUCAUAGGUGGAGGCGCAGGCAUGAUUCAAGCCAUGACCUGGACCAUGAUCUCUGACGUCGUCCCCAUUUCCAGCCUGACCGCGGUUUACUACAAGAUUGGCGCAAUCGCGCUUGCGGGAGAGCUUGUGGUUGCGCCUCUCAGCGCCUACCUAUUGAGCAAGAACCCAUGGCUACCUCUCAGCGUCGGCAUGGUCCUCUUAAUCAUCGGCACAUGCCUGCCGCCUUUCAUCCCAGAAACUCUGGAGCUCCGCCGCGCCGCUGAUCAAGAGGUCGAGCAGACACUCUCGCGGUCCGAGGAAGACGCGAGGGACAAGCGCACACUCAAGCAGCAGAUCAUCUUCGCCGUGAAGAACGACAUGGGCCAUGUCUACACCUUUUUGAUCAAGUCCAAGAGCGUGAUUUCCCUCGUCCUCGGCUUCAAUCUCACAGUUAUCGUAAAGUAUGUCAAGAUAGACAUCAUGUCGCAAUACGUGCACAACUUGCUGGGCUGGUCUUGGGCAAAAGCAACGCUCUUGGGAACUGUCUCGACGGUUACAAACAUGGUCAUGCUGCUCGCCAUUCUCCCCGCGCUGAGCUGGCUGAUCACCAAGCGCACGGGAGUGCAUCCUCUGGUUCGGGAUCUCUGGCUCACCCGAAUGAGCGGCAUCCUCCUGGCUGUCGGGUGCUUCAUGGUCGCCAUUGCAUUCGCGCCUUGGUUUCUAAUUACUGCCCUCAUCAUUUUCUCCAUGGGCACCGUUUACACAAAUAUUUGCCGAGCCAUCCUCAACGCCGUAGUCGAGCCGCACACGAUAGGUACCCUAAACACGGCAAUCACCUGGGUGGAACAAGUGAGCCUGCUGAUUUCGGCUCCGGUGAUUUCGGGCUUGCUGAAAGCUGGCAACUCGGCAGGAGGCAUAUGGCUCGGUCUGCCGUAUAUGGCCGCGACUGUCAUGGCUAUUGCUGGCCGCCGACGCCGCGAGAAACAUCCCAAGGGCCGGCCCAACUCCAACCGGCCGCGCAAGAAGAUGGGUAACGAGGAGUCGACGAUGCUGGACGACAGCGUCCAGCCCAAGACGCUCGAGUCGCGCUCGCUGGAGGCCAUUGCUGAUUACAUCAAAUCCGGCGAUGCGAAAAAGAUUGCCGUCAUGACCGGCGCCGGAAUCUCCACAGCCGCUGGCAUCCCCGACUUCAGAUCACCCGGCACCGGCCUCUACGCCAACUUGGCCCGCUUGAACCUCCCCUACGCCGAAGCCGUCUUCGACAUCUCCUACUUCCGCAAGCAUCCCGAGCCCUUCUAUUACCUCGCCAAAGAGCUCUACCCGGGAAAAUUCCACCCCACCGUCUCUCACGCCUUCAUCGCCCUGCUCGCGAAGAAGGGUCUCCUCCAGAUGAACUUUACACAAAACAUUGACUGCCUCGAGAGGCGUGCCGGCGUGCCGGACGACAAGAUCAUCGAGGCGCACGGCAGCUUCGCCACCCAGCGCUGCAUCGAGUGCAAGGACCCCUUCCCCGCCGACCGGAUGGAGAAGCACGUCCAGGACGAAAACGUGCCCAAGUGCGAUUCCUGCGGCGGGCUCGUGAAGCCGGAUAUCGUCUUCUUUGGGGAGGCGCUGCCGGAGGCGUUCCGUGAUAAUACACAUCUGCCCGCCUUGGCUGAUUUGAUUGUGGUCAUGGGGACGAGUCUCUCGGUCUACCCCUUUGCUGGUCUGGCCGAGGCUUCGAAAUCUGGCGUGCCGCGGUUGCUGCUCAACAGGGAACGGGUGGGACAGAUGGGUCGCAGGGCGGAUGACGUUGUUGAAUUGGGGACAUGCGAUGCUGGGGUUCGUAAGCUUGCUGCCUUGCUUGGCUGGGGCGACGAGCUAGAGGCGCUCUGGCGCGGUAUCGUGGGCGAAAAGGAGGCCGAGAGGCAGCUUGCGUCAGCCGCUGGCGAAGGCGAGGAUGAUUUGGAGGAGGAGAUUCGGAGAGUUACCGAGGGUGUCGACACGGCGCUCAAGCUCGACGACGACAAGGACGACGAAACGGAAGGGGAUGCCACGGAGAAUACCAAGGAAACGGAAGAAGUCGGCUUUCCUUUACGGCAAGACGGCGGAAGCGACACCGAGGACGCGCAGAAGAGCAUCCCCGAGGGCGUCGUCCAGAGAAUGUCCAAGGCAAUCCAGGGGCAAGGGGGCGAGAUCGGCACGGACAUCAAGGACGAUCGCGGCCGCGAGGGGAGAACCGUCAACGGAUCUGAAGGCGCACCGCAGGACGCAAAGGACUUCCGGAUCGAGGCCAAGAAGAAGAUUCAGCUUGCGGCGCAGGGGGCCGCCACCCCUCUCGACGAGGUUGCCAUCGUUUUCGACGCUUCUGCGCCUGUGGCUGAGAUGAAACACGAGGAUCCCAAGAGCGCUGAGUUGCUGAGUGGGGUUUCUCGGUAUGAGGAGACGUCCGCGCCUGCUGCUGGUGUGGACAAGGAGUUGGCGGCGGGUUCGAAGGCUGAGUUGGCUUCUGCUUCUACGACGGCACAAGAAGCCUCCGGGAGUGUAGAGAAAGACGAGAAGCCUUCAUCGGGCGACUCAAAGUUAUGA